AUGCUUGAUGCGGCUCACCCUUGGCUUUACGUCCGAGUGCAGAAGCCAAAGAGCCGACGAAAAAGUGCAAAAAUCCAGCAUGUGAAGAUCGGAGACCCGGCCGUGCUCUCUUUUCUGCAAAAGCUUUGGCAAAGCUUGGGACGAAACGAGUUUCUGUGUCCUGGCUCCCCCGCUGUCUUCAGGCGACGGUGGGACAAAAUUCUUGCCGCUCUGGAUGUGCCUUCGGGCGCGCACCUUACACCUGCUUCGCUACGAGCUGGAGGUGCAAUCCAUGCUUUUCAAAUUGGAACGCCGGUGUCUGAUCUUCUCUGGAGGAUGAGGCUAAAAUGA